CUGACCCUCCGUGUGGUGUCGGAGCCUGGGGCUGGGCAGGCCACACGGGGCCUAUCGCUCCCUGCAGGGCCUGCAGAGGUGGGCCCCGAGGCUUAUCACAGCUCCCUUCCCACUCUCUGCACCAAUCAGGAGCCUCAGGGAGGGGGCGCUUAGGUCACUCUGCCCCUGGUGCAGCCCCAAGGGCAGCUCCAGGCUGGUACGUGUUUGGCAAAAGGGCAAGACAGCAGCCCGGAACCGCAGAGGUGUCCCAAAGGCCUUGCGAAGGCCCAGAGCUGCCCUGCCCCUGCCCCUUCCAGCACCCCAACCCAGAGACUCCAACCUUGCAGCACUGAUGGGGGACCAAGGUCCAAACACAGGGCUCUUGCUGGCCCAGGCCUGGUCCCCAGCGCAGGAGGGCCAAGUGGAACCCGCGUCUGAAGCCUCGCUCCCCUACCCCAACAGCCCCAAGAUUCCUGAGGCCUGGCUCAGUUACCCGGGAGACAGGCCAGCAGGCCGGGAGCAAAGAUGGGGGGGUCCAAGAGGGCUGGGCCUCGGCCGAGCCCUACUGGGGUAACUAUGCUGAGGCCCCGGGCCUCACUCCCGCUUGCUCAGGGCCCAGUCCUCCUGGCUCUAUGGACCCCCCAGGGCGCUCAGCCCCCUCCCCACCCCCAGGCCUCAUCCCGCGGAGCUGCUGGCACGUUCCGCCUGUCCCUGCCCCAUGUGGGUCUCCUGCCCCCUGUCCUGGGGACGCUGGGCGGGCACUGGGCCUCACCCCAAGCCCCGCCUGCCUUCUCACCCACUCCCUGUGGCUCCCAGGGCAGAACUGUGCCCAGGCGGGUGGGGCCUGGCAGCCCGGCUCCUUCUUCAGCCUCUUCUGUACUCUCAGUGGGGCCAGCAGGCUGCAGCCAACAGGGCUCGCCCCCUUCCCAGGCUCCCCCUUCCCAGCCCUGGCCCACCGAGCCUGGACCGGCUGACCUCACCCCCACUUCUGGAUCCUGCCGCCUCCUAAGCCUCCUUCCUGCCCAUCUGAGCAGAGUCAUGGCCCUGAGGGCAGGUGAGCACAACCAGGAGGCAGCAAAUGGGCUGAAGGAGAAAGUGCUGACACUGGACUCCAUGAAUCCUUGUGUCAGGAGGGUGGAGUACGCGGUUCGAGGCCCCAUUGUGCAGCGGGCGCUGGAGCUGGAGCAGGAGCUGCGCCAGGGCGUAAAGAAGCCCUUCACCGAGGUCAUCCGUGCCAAUAUCGGGGACGCACAGGCCAUGGGGCAGAUCCCUAUCACCUUUCCGCGCCAGGUCCUGGCCCUCUGUGUCCACCCCGAUCUCCUGAACAGCCCUGACUUCCCGGAGGACGCCAAGAGGAAGGCAGAACGCAUCUUGCAGGCCUGUGGGGGCCACAGCCUGGGGGCCUACAGCGUCAGCGCUGGUGUCCAGAUGAUCCGCGAGGACGUGGCGCGGUACAUUGAGCGGCGCGAUGGAGGCAUUCCCGCCGACCCCAAUAACAUCUUCCUGUCCACGGGGGCCAGCGAUGCCAUUGUGACGGUGCUGAAAUUGCUGGUAACCGGCGAGGGUCGCACCCGCACGGGCGUGCUCAUCCCCAUCCCUCAGUAUCCACUCUACUCCGCCGCGCUGGCCGAGCUCAACGCGGUGCAGGUGGAGUACUACCUGGACGAGGAGCGUGCCUGGUCGCUCGACGUGGCCGAGCUGCGGCGCGCGCUGGGCCAGGCGCGUGACCACUGCCGCCCCCGCGCGCUCUGCGUCAUCAACCCCGGGAACCCCACCGGGCAGGUGCAGACUCGAGAGUGCAUCGAGGACGUGAUCCGCUUCGCCUUUGAGGAAAGGCUUUUCCUACUGGCCGAUGAGGUGUACCAAGACAACGUGUACGCCGAGGGCUCGCAGUUCCACUCGUUCAAGAAGGUGCUCACGGAGAUGGGGCCACCGUACGCAGCGCGACAAGAGCUCGCCUCCUUCCACUCGAUUUCCAAGGGCUACAUGGGCGAGUGCGGCUUCCGCGGCGGCUACGUGGAGGUGGUGAACAUGGACUCCGCGGUGAAGCAGCAGAUGCAGAAGCUGCGGAGCGUGCGGCUGUGCCCGCCCACCCCGGGCCAGGUCCUGCUCGACGUGGCUGUCAGCCCGCCCGCGCCCUCCGACCCCUCCUUCGCGCAGUUCCAGGCGGAGAGGCGGGCGGUGCUGGCCGAACUAGCGGCCAAGGCCAAGCUCACGGAGAAGGUCUUCAACGAAGCUCCCGGCAUCCGCUGCAACCCGGUUCAGGGCGCCAUGUAUUCCUUCCCGCGCGUGCAGCUGCCCCCGCGUGCGGUGCAGCGCGCUCAGGAGCUGGGCCUGGCUCCCGACAUGUUCUUCUGCCUGCGCCUCCUAGAGGAGACUGGCAUCUGCGUGGUGCCUGGGAGUGGCUUCGGACAACGGGAAGGCACCUACCACUUUCGGAUGACUAUUCUGCCCCCCAUGGAGAAGCUGCGGCCCCUGCUGGAGAAGCUGAGCCAGUUCCAUUCCAAGUUCACCCGCGAGUACUCCUGAGGACCCGUCAGAAGCCAGGGCCAGCCAGAAGGGACGACCUCCGACUGAGGGCACUUGGCCCUGGGGCCUCUGGAGCCUCUGGACUUGCUGCUGCUGCCUGUGUGGCAGAGCCCCUGCCCCUCCACAGGCCCUAAUAAAGCAGUGGGCUGGCCGGGCUGCCUGGAGGCCACGUGCACACCCACACGGGCACCUUCGCAGCCUCGUCCACUCCUGACUGCCUGUC